AUGCCAUGUUUUGAAGGCUUAUCAUCAUUAUCAUUACCGUCAUCUUCAUCCUCACGUGAGCACGAGCGCAUUUCGUUCCUCAGCCCACCAACGCCCAUCAAGGGUGGCCUCGAAAGUGCAACCUCCUGUCACGCGUACCAUCACUGCAGAAUGCACGUCAUCAAGUUGUACUUCAUCGUGGCCCCGUGCCUCUUUUUCGCUUUCCAGGCGACGUCGCUGCUCUCGCCUUUGCUGGAGCAGGUCGGCAUUGUCACAGCCACGCUGGUCCUGGGAUGGUGGCUGAGCCUCGCCAUCAAGAGGCUGCGGAAGUCCAAGCCCAAGCCGCAGCAGCGUAGACUCGCCGUCAUCGUCGCAACCUGCGACACAGAGCACGGAUUUCUGACGGCGUCCAAGCUGUCUGGCGACGGCUAUUACGUGCUGUGCGGCACCCAGGACAUGGGCGGCGAGAUGGCCAAGGGCAUAAGACGGUUCAAUGUCGAUGUCAUUGAUUUGCACCUGACCAGCGAGAGCUUGAUGAACGACGCCUACCAGGAGAUCUGCGAGCAACUCUUCAAGAAGAACACGCCACUUCACGCGCUCGUCUGCAACGUUGGCACCACCGACCUCGGAGAGCUGGAGUGGAUCAACGAGCGUAACCUUCUGCACGCCUUCGAGCAUACUGUAGUGUCCACAGCGAGGCUGGUCAACCACUUCUUGCCCAUGCUACGUGAGACUCGCGGAAGGGUUGUCGUCUGCGCUGGAUCUUCCGGACGAGUCGCAAUCCCUGGAGCGGGAGUCCACAGCAUCGUCAACGCCGCGCUCAUAUCUUUCGCCGACUGCCUCCGUCGAGAAAUGGCAAAGUUCAGAGUUCAAGUCAUCCUCGUCGAACCCGUAUGGCUGAACUACAGGACUCCCCUGAGCCAGCUCCACUCGGCGGGCAUCGCCGUCAAGGAGACGGUGAGCUGCGUGAGCCGCGACGUGUUCGACGACUACUCGCUGGGCUACGUGAACGCGUUCCGCACCCUGUGGAACUGCUACACCACCCGCUGGUACGCGGGACCGCCCGACGAGCUGGCGAACUGCACCUGCCUCGCCGUCGCCGACGUCAGGCCUCAGUGCGUCUAUUCGUGCGGCUACCCCGCGGAGCGGGCCCUCAACGCCGUGCUCACCUACCUGCCUGCGCAGUUUGCCGACCUGGUGCAGUGCUUCCUGUACCAGCCGUUCGUCAAGCUCCGGCUGGGGUCCGAAUCGGACGUGUCCCCCGGUUCAUCCGGGGCCCGGCGUCAGAUCUCGAGUCCCGGAGUCGUGCAGAAGUUCCUGCACGCUUCCCUGACCCCGAUGCCCAUAUCGUUCCAAGAGUCGCAUAUGUCGACGCCGGCGCGCGAGUUGGAGGACGUGAGGGCCGACUACUUCCCGUCGGUGAACUGCACCGUGGACGCGACUCCGCCGCCCAAGACGCCGCCGCCCGUUGUGCAGGUCAGCGGGGAGCGCUUCAAGCCGCAGCGGUCGCUCGCCGUCGACCAACAGCGUCCCGCGCCGGCUAAAGCUCCAGUCCCCGGCAGCGUACCACCAGAGCAGCUCCUCGCCCACGGGAGCAACGCUGCCGCUGCUGCUGCUGAGGUGAAACAACGACAACAGCCGGAGCCCCAGCAGCGACCGCCGGCGGACAACGCGAGCCGCGAGGCCUCGUCCACUUCCGAUCCGACCCCCUCGCCCGAUGUGUCGUCCGGAGUUUCGCAGGGGCGGCCUUCGCAACCGACGUCCCCGCAGCCCCCGUUCACCGCGAACCCCGAUGGCGAAGGCGCCGGCUGCUCUGGCAAGCCGCCGACUCACAUCGAAGACGACGGCUCCCUUGUGCUUUCCUUGAUCGACAACGUGCAGUGCGAACUCCUCGCCGCCAUGUUCGCUCCCGCGCAGUCCACGGCGCGGAAUCGUGCACAGACGCCGUACCCGGACAGAAGUAUGGUCCGGCUCAUGCAACCACGAGCACAGGCCUUGGCACUCGAGUACAAAUCUCCGCCGGCAGGGACGCAGCAGCUGCAGUUCCAGCCACGGGGUGGUGAACCAUUGUCUCCACGGUCACCCUAUCAGACGGGAAUCAGCGCGUUGCCGCGAAAUGUCAUGGACCUGAUCUCCCCGCCGGACGAUGAAGCCACAGUCGCCAUGACACCGACUGGCGAGCACAGCCGCAGUCCCAUCGACUCGGCGACGCAAAUGGAGGUGGUGUCGGGGGGAGGCGCACCAGGAGACAGCGCACUCCCCGAUGCGCCCGUGCUUCCCGAAGCCUCGGCGCCGCCUCCCAAGCACAUGUCGGGACCGUAUGCCGAGCACCUGGAGAGGCUCCGCAGCAGCGGCCAGCUGGAACCGGAAGCGGAAGACGACACCCCUUGUCGGAAGGACUCCUUUGAGCAGGAGCCGCUGACCUCCGCGGCCCCGACGCAGGAAGAGGGCAUCAGGCGUCGCGCCGGGCGUGGCAAGCGCGAUCAAGAGGAUCGCCAUGAUUAAAUAGAGAGCGUGUUGCGCGCGACUAAGAAUGCAUAAUUUUAAAUAUUGGUAUUAGGGGCUUGUUUUACUUCGUUCGGGGAAGAAAAUUGCGGAGGCGGGUCCCGUAUUUUUUUUUCGUAAUUGUUUUAUGUUAUGUAUAGACACUACCAAUUUUAGUAUUGCUUACGAGCGUUGUGAUGCCUGUACUGGUGUUGUCAACCUGUGGGGAGUCCGAAGCCCUUGUCAAGCUGAUUCGUGAGCUUUUAGUGCCGGCUCGUCGUAUAUUAAAUAUGUUA